UAUUGAGUUGAAGGCGGAAGGCAGAAGGCAGUCGAUCUCGUUGGAAAGUAGGAGAGGUGCGGUUUGUCAUUCGGGUUUUUGACAGCACAACUACAGUGUCACAGCUUGGAGAAGCUUGUAUGGAUUGGAUGUGUGACUAAACUGCAUCUGUAUGUAGGUUUUGCGCGUGCCCGCUUAGCGCCGUCGUGCGUAAAGAAUCGGGAAAUCAGUGAGGAAAAGUCCAUUCGGUUUUGGUGUGCGUGCGUCGUAUGCAGUUUUGAGUUUGCGGAGGUUUUCCUUGAGCGGUCGGUGCUGUUGCCUUUCUGUCGCGAAAUUGUCUGUUUUUUGGGGCAAUUAGUGGGUUUUCUGUCUCAAAUUUACGGAGAAAAUGCAUUGAAAAUUGCAAGGCUAGUGAAACCAGGUGUAAUGCGCCAGUGAAAAUUGGAACGCAUCGGUGAGUGCGGGUUAGCAAGAGUGCAGUGCUGUGCAAUUUUCGUGUUGUGUAUAUCAUCUCAGUUUUUCGGUGUGUCAGACCUGGCUUUCGGGAGUGCGGGAAGGACCUGUCUAGCAAGCGGGCUAUUCAUUUUGUGCACUCACUUCAUCGGCAAUCCGGUAAACUUUGAUUAAGGAAAAUGUCGACCAGAUCACAGCUUACGAAGGAUUUAAAUGAUAGCGUUAAAUCAAUUUUGGGCCGCCACACAAAAAUCCUUGUCAAAUAUAUGGUGAAAUUGGAAACGAAGGGCGACAAAACAGAAAACCGUGUUCUGGUUUUCACGCCCGUUCGAAUCUACCUCCUUAUUGCCAAAGUUCCCACAAAGAUUGAAAGUCAUUUCCAUUAUUUAGAUAUUCAAGCAGUCGAAAGCAAAAAGCCAACACAUUUUUCAAUUAUAACUAAUGAUAGAACAUAUACAUUUGCAACAACAGGUGAUGCAGGAAAUUUCAGCUCAAAUGCCGAUGUUAUUCUCACAGAUUUGGCAUCUGCAAUUAAGCAGAUUUUUCCUACAGUCCCGCUCAAAUACAUCAUAAGAAAGAUUGACGUUCAACCGAUAGAACGCGAACCAAUAUUCUCAGACGAAUUAAGGCCUUCAGAUCCACGAAAUGUAGGCCCAUGUGGUGGAUUUAGCACCCAGUAUGGUUGUAUGUGCGAUUAUCAUGGUGUUCCGUAUAGAGAGGAAGUGGCGUGGGACAUCGAUACAAUUUAUCUAUCACAUGAUACACGAUUGUUAAACUUAAGAGAUUUCGAUCACCUAGAGCCUAAGGAUUUAAUGGCUAUCGUUUCGGCAUUGGAAUAUAAUACGUUUUUUCGUGGGCUAAAGGCAACUCACAUGCGACUAUCGCAUGAAACAUUGGAGAGAAUAUUACACGUAUUGAAACGGUCUAUGUGGCUGGAAGAACUACAUUUAGAAGCACUAGGCUUAAGGUCUGAUUUUCUUCAUAAGUUGGCUGUAUCUGUGAUUACCAAUAAUAACCCCGCUGUUCGUACUAUCGAUUUAAGUCAUAAUUUAAUUGAGGAUAAAGGUGCAAAUUCGCUAAGUGCUCUACUUGGAAAGUUAGUGCAAGGCGCAAUACAUCUUGCUGGCCCAAUAGCAAAAGUAUCAAAAGGAUUAUGCAAAUUAGCACUUUCACAUUGCGGUUUAACAUCGAAAGGAGUGAAUCAGAUGUCGCAUUCGCUUUCAUUGAAUCAAAGCAUUUCUAGUUCGCUAACAUAUUUAGACUUAAGUGGAAAUAGUUUAAAGGAUGAUAUAACUAAUUUGCAUAAUUUUUUGGCACAACCAAACGUUUUAGAAUAUUUGGAUUUAUCGGCGACUGAUACAACAUUAGAAAACCUAUUCGGUGCACUUUUACGUGGCUGUUCCACUCAUCUUGUACACUUAAACGUUUCACACAAUUCAUUUAGUACAAAAAAGGGAAAGGAAAUACCUCCGUCAUUCAAACAGUUUUUUACGAGCACAUUAAGCCUAAAGCAUUUAAAUAUUGCUGGUUGCAAACUACCUAUGGAAGCGUUGAAGAACUUACUACUUGGGCUGGCAUGUAACGAAUCGACUGCCGGAUUAUACUUAGAUUUAAGUUGUAAUUCAUUGGGUGCUCAAGGGGCUCAUGUUUUAGAGUCCUGCAUACAUGGCGUACGUGUAUUACAGAGUUUAGAUAUAGGGGACAAUAAUUUGGAUGCUGAAUUGGCUUCAGUGUUAACAGCAAUUUCGAAGAAUCCAUCGAUACGAUGUCUGCAUAUGAGUCGAAGUUUGACUGGUAUGAAACCGAAACAUAUACCUACCGUUAUGGACGCAUUAGUCAAUUUGAUACAAAAGGACGACUUUCCUCUAACGGAAUUAAUUUUGUCAGAUAACAAAUUGAAAAAUGAUAUACACGAUUUUAUAAAUGCCUUAGGAAGCAAUCAGAGUUUGCAAAAAUUAGAUAUAAGCGGCAAUUACAUGGGAGAUGUUGGAGCUCGCCUUCUAGCUAAAGCUCUUCAAAUAAACAAUAAGUUAAGAGUAAUUUUACUAGAUCGAAACAAUAUUACACUUCAAGGAUAUUCGGAUAUAGUUUACGCAUUGGAAAACAAUUUGUCUGUACGAUACAUUCCCUUUCCUAUUUUCGAUAUUGCUCCGUGUCUCAAAAGUCAUCCAGAAAGAACUGACACAAUUAUGCGCAGAAUGCAAGAAAUUUUGCAACGAAAUGGAUCUGGCCUGAAACGCACAAACGGACAAGGAUUUCGACUGCAACAUGGUUUCAUGCUGUCGUCGACACACCAACUAGUAGAUAAGCUUGUGAGCGAAACACAAGAAACUAUGUCGUUGGCACGUGGUAGUGAUUCUUCAGCUGUGCAGCGUCUUAUCGAAGAUGCGGAGAAUUGCAAACAAUUGAUGCCGAAACUACAAGAGGCAGUUCGAUGUGAUCCGCACCCAAUUGAAAUAAAACUUAAUAAAGUCGCAGCGGACCUAAGCCAGACAGUUCGAGAUUACCUUGAAGACACCAUCGAAACAAUGAUUCGAACAGGGAUUGAGCAAUGUCCGAAAGCGCUAGGCAAUCAAAAUGUUAUUAACGACCUGCGGAAAGUGCUGAAUGAGCGGCUUGUGAUCUCGGAUGAGUUUCUGCAGUUGUGUUUGAUCAACAAUGCUGGCGGUGAAAUGAUGAAUAAAAUCAAUGAUAUUGAACAAUCAGCAGCUGCUACGAUUUCUGAUCGCGCGACAGACGAAGUGGUUGAUGCAUUGACGCGAUAUAAACGUGGUCUUGCAAUUUCUGACUCUCCAAGUGUUUUAGAUGAACCUCAAACACCGGAUAUUGUGCGGAGCCGAUCUAGUCAUGAUUCUGAUGGAUUAAUCUCAAGCUCCCGAGGUCUAAAUCUUCCAAAGCUUGGACUUGAUUCACCAACAAAAUUGGAAUAUCUAAACCUUGCAACACCCUUGCUACCAUCAAAAAGACGAUCAAUUGCUCGCAAAAUACGGCCACAAUCCGUGGUAGAGAAUUUAAGUCUAGGUCACAUCCCUGAUCUUCUUGAAUCGCCUUCUUCGAGACGGAGUUCGAACACAUCGCAUGAUAAACGCGAAGAUGAAUGCUGUGAUUCUAUAACUGAGCUUCCUAGUGCGUCGUUUCAAUUACAACAUUUAGUUAAAGGUCGUCCAAAACGGGCAAAAACUCGAGCUCCAUCACGAAAUGUUUUUAACGAUCCUGCUACCAAGGAAAUUGGUGAAGGCCUGGAGCAAUUUUUCAGACCUGGGUCUGUAACACCUACAACACUUACUCCGCUAGUCUCUCCAACGUCAGAGGAAUGCAGUUCGUUGAGUUUCGUAGAUAGUCCAACCAUGAGCAGAGAUGACAAUGGCCGAUUUAAUAGUUUGACUUCAGAAGAGACAACACCUAUUUUGGAGGAAAGAAAGCAUGUUAAGUUGGAUCGGAGUUCGCCACUUUUAAAAGGUGUUUCAUGGACCACGCGGUCUCGUUCAACGGACAAUUUAGAGAAGUAUUCACCGUUAGUUGGACGAAAAUCUCCUCUUAUAAAAAUGCGUACAGAAGGCCAGGAUGAUCGUACCGAUCGAUUGCCAAUGCCAAACAGAGACGAAAGAAUGCGUUCGCCGAGUAGUGAAUCAAUUAAAAGCCAUGCUGGUGGCGGCGACACAGUCAUUUAUAAGACGGGAAAUGGAAUUAUAAAGACACCCAUCGUCCUUCAAAAGCCACGACCUUGGUCAGUGGUUGGAAAUGAACCCAAAUCGGGGGACUUCAAUUCUGAAUCGAAUAAAACCACACCAGAACAAAAUGAAACAGACGUUGAUGUGGUUCCCUUCAGUCAAGCACAUAGUGGCUCCAUAGUUGGGAUAAGCCCCGGUACAGCUUUAUCUUCAGGGGGCAGUAUUGUUGGAAUUACGCCAGGUGCCGCACUUGAAAAAAAGUCUGUGAAGGAACUUGCUGCCGGUUUGAACCGAAGUGAACUUAUGAAAAAGCCCCAAGCUUUGCCUCGGAAGAAACUUCCGGCAAACGAUAACAGUAACAACCCUCCUAAAUUGAGCGAUAGUAUGUCAACCACAACAGUUAUUUCAUCUUCAUCGUGUACAACAACCAAUUCUAGUGUGAGGACAGAAGUGGAAAGCGGCGAACGGACAGAAGUAAAAAAGAUCGCUGGUAAAAAUAUAACGACAAUGUUUGAGGAGAAAUUAGUUGAAGGCCUGCAACGAUCUUCAUUCCGCAACACAAUUUAUCGUGAAGCACAAUACAGUAAAGACGAUACCGUUGAUGUUUAGUGUAAAAAUCGAUAAAGGGAAAUAAAUACAUGAAGUCGCUCUAUCGAAAACUAUGGUUUACCCGCCUGUUAUAUUUUUCAGUUCUAAACUGCAUUCUUUUAAAAUAUUCCGAAUCAUAAACAAAAUACAUAUAGUAUUGAUAUUUACAUGAAAACAUAUUACGUCAAAAUAAUUUUAUUUACGUGUCUCAUGAUCAUAUGAUUUCUCAAUAUUUUUCAUCUCAUUUCAUCUAUUUGUGCAAUUAUAUUUGAUAUGGAUAUUUUUUACAUUUGAAGGAGAAUAGGAGGAAAGGAGAAGAAACAAUAAAAGUAUGUUUACAAUAUGUGGUAACGUUUUAUAUGCUAGAAUAUAUUCAAUUUCUAUUCCAUUUAUACAUUAGUCUCGGAAGAAAAGAAUGAAUUAUAUGAACAAUCUACAUUUAAUCGUGUAUAAUGACAAGUUGCGUUAAUAUUUAUUACGUCGUAGCCUAAGAUAAUAAAUGUAUUAAUAAAACAAUUAUGGUUUCCAAA